AUGACAAAUACUUUGAGUGGUCGUAGCUCAGCAGGCUUGAUAGUUGUUUGGUCAAUGGCUGGUUUCUCAAUAAUCUAGAUUAUUUGGAUAUUGACUUUUAGCAUCAGAGACAUUAUCAAGAGCACUCAGCUUUCUUAUGUACUAAAGGAUCGGUUUACUGUUUACUAUGUGGUUUAUAUACUGAUUGGACUAAGCUUUAAAGUGCUAGUUUUGGAUUCAUAUUACAAAGACUAUCUCGAUUCGAGAAAAGCUUGUUCUAAUUUUGUGUCUGAAUACAUCCCUCAUGUUUUUGUGAUUCUCACUGUUGCAGUAGCUAUGUUUAAAAUCUAGAUACUUUCUAGAGUCUCCUGGGACACUUUAGAAUCGUAUAAAAAGUUCUAAAAGUACAGAGUGAACAAAAGUUUGCUUAUUUUCAGAGUGAUUCAAGUGAUAUACAUUUUGUUUUUGAUUUUAAGGGCAGUAAACACCUGCAGUGACUAAAAGUACUAAAUGAAUUUCAUGGAUUUCGACUCAUACAUUCAAUAUAGCAUUUUCACGAUUUUUAAGCUAUUCUUCUACACUCUUAUUCUGAUUUCUCUCAUUAAGAUUACAAGAAGCCCUAACGCUCAAGAAUAUAAAAAGCUCUUGUACUUCUUUAUUGUAUCUAUAUCCUUGAUUGCACUGGCCAAGCUUGUCUGUGUGAUUCUGCUGUUGAAUAAAACUCUAGAGCCAAGUGGUGUACCAUUUGAAGCAGUAUUUUUUGCUGACCACCUGAUGAUUAUUGUGCUUACAAUUCUAAUGAUUAAGUCUAGAUAUAUUGAGCUGAAUAUAUUGUUAAGAUUGGGUGUAUUCAAGAAUGUAGAUGAAAUGACUGAUAAAGAAAUGUUCUUUGAAUACGAUAAGAUGCGUAAGUAGAGUUAUGUUAUGAAAAGAAGAUAUCCCUAUCUUAUUUAGCAAAAUAGACAAAACAGAGUCUCCAUCAAUGAUAACGAAAACAAUCAUGCAUGA